AUGCACAUGGUUUAAGAAGUAAAUUAGAAUCGGCAACUGAGAAAUAUACAAAGUUUCCAAACUAUUAACGGACAAUAAUAAUAAAGCGAGCAUUAAAGGAAGCGGAUACUUAGGAAGUAAGCUCCCAAGUCUUAGUUCUCCAAUAAGAAUUUGACUGUGAGUCACAAUGAUUUCAUGCUCAAUAAAACCAUCACUGACUCCAAAUUAGAUUCUACAGUCUCAAAUCACAGUCCUUUUCACUAUUAAAACACCCAGUAAAAAUCAAGCGAUUACAAAUAGACAAUUGCAUUAAGAAAAUAAUUGAACUCCAGAAAUAAGUCAAAUAAAUCAAACUUUUAUGAGCCCUCUCUGAAUAAUCAGCAGACUUCUUCUAAAAUUCUUUAUAUGGAUUCAAUGAGCAAUUUGCCAGCUAGUUUAUCUGGGAAAAAUUAAUCCCAAAAUUCACCUGAGAAAAAGCAUCCUAAAUUCGUAAGUAAAAAGUACUUGAACUUGAUAAUGAAGAGGAAGCUGUAAAGAGAAUAAUAAGACAAGAAUUCAUAGAAUAUGAGUUCAGCCCUAGAUGUAACAAAAGACAGAUAGACCAAUUGUGAAACUAAUUUCUACGAGAGUAACUUCGAGUAGGGAUAGAAGACUAAUGAUAGACUAAAAAACAGUAAUAUCUUAAUGAAAUCGCAGAACAGCUUCCAGGCAGCGGAUUACAACAAAAUGAAGUCUCAAAAUGUGCAAUAGAAUACUUUGCCAAUAAUGAGGCUAAGGUAGGGUAGAAAAAGCAUGUCAAUAGUUCAUAAUCAGUAAUUAUAGCAAACUUAGAAUUCAUUUAAGCGGAGUAUCAAUAACAAGGAAUAUUACGAAUGA